AUGUCAAGAGUAUCAACUCCUGGCUCAAGACGCACUAAUGCCAAAAGUCGUCGACACAGUGAGCUUGUUGAUAGCUCCACUGAAAUCAAUGAUAAUGAAGAAGCACAUAAUGAAUCUGAAGAAUCUCCGGAUCCAAAGAGAAGGAGAAGCACAAGGAAUAGUGAGAUCAAUUACUCGUUAACCAAAAGGAAUGCUAGAUCGAACGGCAAAUCUCAUAUCAAAGCUGAAAAUCAGCCCGAAGAAGAGAUAAUAGUGAAGAAAACAAAGGAUGCUACGCUUAUUGAAGAUACAAAAAAAUUGGAAAGGCACCGUUCUGAAGAAUCCAAUCUAUCUCAAGUUGAUAAACUAGGGAAAUUAGCUGCAAAACACUCACUUUUGACUCAAGAACUCUUUCAUCUACAGCAAUUUACAUCAUUAGCAUCAUGGGAUCCCACAGCUCCUCCACCAAAAAAAUUAUAA